CUGCUGCGUGCCAACUGUGUCUACGUGCAACGCCAUUUUCUGUGCCCGCGGGUGAACUAGUCGACUCGCGUUAGUUCAUUCGUUCGUUCGUUCGCGCGAUCGGUCGAUCGAACGUCGGCGACAUCCCGGGCGACGUUUGCCCCACGUUGAUCUUAGUUAGCCGCUUCUCAGCGAGGACUUUCGCCCGUUCUGCUCGUUUAACUUCUGCCCGUCUGUGUUAACUCGGCUUCCCCGCCCGGGAUAUGCACGGACACGCGGCGGACAGCCGUGCGACGGAUACGAUGGUCUCGAGAGAGCGGUGAGUGAAUUACCGCGAAGAGGAAUCAGGAGGUACAAGCCGGCAAGUCGAAAAUGCCGCUCCCGAAGCGAUUGGUGGAACCUGUGCACGUAGCACGCGGUACCAUCCCUGAGGACUUCCCGCUGCCAUCGGAACUCGAGGCAGCUACCAAUGGCACUUUGGCCAACACUAUCAGACAACUAUCUAGCCUAUCGAGGCACGCCGAGGAUCUCUUCGGGGAGCUGGCGAGAGAAGCGCACGGAUUGAGUGAUCGAGCGAAUUCCCUGCAGGCUAGGAUAGAUCGUCUGGCCGUCAAAGUCACCCAAUUGGAUAGUAACGUAGAGGAAGUCUCAUUGCAAGAUAUACACAUGAGGAAAGCCUUCAAAAGUUCCGUGGUGUUCGAUCAGCAAGUCGUCUCUAGGGAUACUAUGCCGACGGCAAUGCUGGAAACGUAUCACCAAUGUGACACGCCACCGCCCCUAGAUAAGCUUAAUGUUUACAGGGAGGAUGGCAAGGACGGUUUGAAGUUCUACACCGAUCCAAAUUACUUCUUUGACCUGUGGAGUCAGGAAAUGCUCAAAGACACGGAAAAGAAACUACAUGAUCGAGGAAAGAAGAGCGAGUCUGAAUAUGCCGAACCGUUCAGAGAGCCGCACAGGCCUCGGAAUGAGGGUGGCGGCGGAGGUGGUGGCAGGCAUAAGAAGCGUGUGAGGCAACCACAUAAUACGAGGGAACGACAACGGCAACUGGCCGUUGGCCAUGGCGAAUAUAUCAUGCCAACGCAGGCGGUGCAAUACAGGGCGCCACACAAUGUGCAACCUGAUGACGCGUUACUGGGAAUGGUAAUGACGGAUCCCAGGCCACCUAGGCCCAACAGCAUCGAAUUGCGACGAAGCUACCCCCCAGAAGAGCAGCAUCUCUACAGCCCGCCGUCUUCCGAUCACUACAGGGGAACGAACUAUAUGACUCAGGGCUACGAUGAGAAUCCAUACGGUUCGCAUUAUGCCUCUGGUCAGGCACCGAUCGGUAGCGAUGCGUAUCAGAGUCCUGGUGGUCAGAGUACUCCGAGUCGGGGCGGCAGGGCACGGCCAUCGCAGCCGCCACCGGCGCCGCCGAGCAACGCUUCCAGCAAUUCCACGCCUACAGUGGCAUCCGCCAACAACACUCCAACUAGGGGAAGAUCCAUGAGCACCGGCAGGGAUACCCUGCCACCGCCACCUCCGCCACCAGGAGAAACCAUGUCUCCUCCUUCCAUGAACGGUUCCAUACCGCCGCACUUGCUGAACAGGAGCGGAAGUCGGUCGGAUAGUCCGCUACCAAGUCAACGUUCGACACCGACGCCACCGAACCAUUCAGGCCAAUUGGGUACGGAUGAGACAGAUCCAGCACCCCAGGAUCUUCCACCACCUCCGCCCACCCCAGAUCCCACUCCGCCAAGACCCAUCUCACCUCCAUACAACAUCCCGCCACCUCCACCACCGCCACCUCCUCCACCGGUCGCUAAUGGACCUACGGCACCAUUGCCGCUGACAAAUGGCGAUAUCGCGAAGAUGAUUGCGACUAAUCCGCCGAAACUAAAGCCUUUGAAGAGCAUUGUAGACGGCCAGUUAAGGAAACCGGUCAACCCAAAUAUCCCAUUGGUCGACCCGCGAAAUGAUUUGCUCAAGGCGAUUCGUGAUGGCAUAAAACUACGCAAGGUAGAGAAGAUUGAACAGAAAGAAGUGGAACGCGUGAAUGCACUUAAUGACGUCGCAUCCAUUCUGGCGCGUCGCGUCGCCGUUGAGUUCAGUGACAGCGACUCGGCAUCAGAGAGCGAAUGCGAUAGCGAAGGAUGGGGCGAGCAGGAGAGUAAUCUGGCGUGACCCAACUCCCUAUCAUCCGCCGCCGUUACUGCCUCCUAGGGAAACGGCUGAUGAUUCAUUCAUUGAUGCUUCGAUGCCACCGUAACGUUCUCCAGCGCUGUAGCGAGCCGAUCUAUUUCGUUUCUCUUCUCGUAUCUCCGUGACCGAUAUCUCGUUUCCGAGGAAUUACAAAACGUUCACGCGCUUUAAAUAUUGUAUUAUAUGUUUACAAUUUACAAAUUUCCGAGGUAGUACCGAAGUAAAUUCUGAAUUAUAAAAGCAUAAUUAUACACAAUCUCCUCUCAACGAAGAUUAUUCGUUAUGGAGAAUAUACAGGUAGAAUCUUAAUUUAUUAUUGCUCGCCAAACAAAGACAACGUAAACUUCUUUAAUGGAGAUAAUUGUUCGCGCCUUUCAUUGCGUUAGUAAUACGAGAAGAAAUGAUAACGAUAUUAUAUUUUCUUGAUAUCAUUAUCCUGUGUUAAUCUUUUGUGUUAAGAAAUUCAUUCUGCAAAAAGAACACAAAAUACUACUCGAAAACAAUAGAAAUAUUAGAAGUUAAAUUUUUGAAAAAAGAAUUCUUGAAAGACGUGUUUGAGUUUCGACAACUUUAUAGGAUCGUCAAUCAUAUUGUUGUACUUUUGUCUCACAAGUUAUUCCGCAAUAUUGAAUCGACUGGUCAGUCGACAAAGCAACAGCAUCGUUUAAUCACUUUGUUCUUAGAACGUUUUUGAAGACAUGCUAAUUGCGAUCAAUUUAAUUACGAAUGUAGUUUAGCCAAAUCGCGAUUCGAGUUUUGAGUGCAGCGAAUGGAGCACUCGUGAGCUCGUAAGAAAAACACAAUGCGAAGAUCAAGCACUAGUUAAUAAUGUAUUCGUAAAUCCAGGUUAUAGGAUUUUCUGGAACGACAGGAAAAUCCUAGAAGAGGCGGCUGACAGGUUGAACGCCACGUUUAUAGUCUCCUUAAAAUAGUACGCUUUAAACUAAAAUAUCUUCUGCAUAUUUCCGACUUGUAUGACCAUC